GCUCGGCAUCAAACCGUCCAGAGAAUCCCAUUUAUCCACGGCUUUUCCCGCUGAAGCCUUCGAAUCACUUUUUCCUCAGAAAAAAUCAAAACCCACAAGCCGAGCCACUCUCUCUCUCUCUCUCUCUCUCUCUUGCUCAGAGAGCCCUUCGUUCUCGUCCACUCUCUGCCUUUUCUGUCGAUGCUAUGCACGCACGUACGCUUUGUUUCUGCGCCUAAAUUCUGAUGGAGGUAUUGGCUGCUCUACGGUUCACUCGACUUCGCCUGCUCCCAAAGCUAUCGAGGUUGCGAUUCUGGUAGGAUUUCUCAUUGUAUAUCUGCUACAUUUGGGUACUGCUUUGUUGAGUAUUCGUUCUGGUGAUUUUGCGAUUCUGAGCUUUAGAAUCUGGCUCUGGAUUCAUGUUUUCCAGUUCAUUUCGUGUGAAUUCUUAUGCCCGUGUUUCAGUUGUUGGGGCUCAUCCAUUCCGGUGUGCUAAAUGAGUUUUCAAUCGGUUUUUUCUUCAAUGUGCUUAUGUGAAGCUGAUAGAACUAAGAAGAUUUGGAAUUUUUCGUUAGUUUCUUGCUCUAAGAGGAGAAAAAGAUUAAUUAUUGGGAGUUCAUCGCAGAAAAGAUCUCGAAGGAAAUGGAAUCUUCGAGCACGAACGGUUUCCAGCGAUAGCUCAGGAAAGCAGAACUUGAAUUUAGAAUUUGUCAAUUCGGCGAGGAAGGGCUCAAAAAAUUUCCUAGCGAACCGUUAUUCCGAUGAAUUGCAUGAUGGGGGAGUGUUGUCUCACGAUUCAUCAGUUCAGUUGGGUUCAAAUUUUACAAAAUUUCAAGAAGAUCCCAUUGUAGAUAAGCUUAGGACCCAACUAGGGGCCAUUCACCCCAUUCCCUCACCGCCAAUAAAUCGCAACAUUGCUGGGUUGUUCGUCUUCUUUUUCUUUGUGGGGGUUGUUUUUGAUAAAAUUUGGACUUCAAGGAAAAGGAACAAAUCAGGGGUCGAGGGACAGCUAGGCAUAUGGCCGCAGGUUCCCACAAGCUUUUCUUUGUUCCUUGAGAAGGAUUUGCAGAGGAAAGAGUCGGUGGAAUGGGUGAACAUGGUGUUGGGGAAAUUGUGGAAAGUUUAUAGAGCUGGGAUUGAGAAUUGGAUCAUUGGGUCGCUUCAGCCUGUCAUUGAUGAUCUGAAGAAACCUGAUUAUGUGCAAAGAGUUGAAGUGAAGCAAUUCUCACUGGGGGAUGAACCAUUGUCAGUUAGGAAUGUCGAGCGCAGAACCUCUCGUCGUGUCAAUGACUUACAGUACCAAAUUGGUCUCCGCUACACUGGUGGCGCUCGUAUGUUGCUAAUGUUGUCACUAAAAUUUGGCAUUGUUCCUGUAGUCAUACCAGUUGGUGUUCGAGAUUUUGACAUUGAUGGGGAACUUUGGGUGAAAUUGCGACUGAUACCGUCAGAACCUUGGGUUGGAGCAGUUUCCUGGGCUUUUGUUUCACUUCCAAAGAUAAAAUUUGAAUUAUCUCCAUUCCGAUUGUUCAAUUUAAUGGCGAUUCCUGUUCUCUCUAUGUUUUUGACAAAACUGCUUACUGAGGAUUUGCCUCGGCUAUUUGUACGCCCAAAAAAGAUAGUGUUAGAUUUUCAGAAAGGAAGAGCAGUUGGUCCUGUUGCAAAUGAUUUCAAAUCUGGAGAAAUUCAAGAAGGAAAUGCAGAUUAUGUUGGAGAACUAUCAGUGACUCUUGUAGAUGCUCAGAAGGUUUCUUAUUUAUUUUAUGGCAAAACAGAUCCGUAUGUCAUUCUAAGUCUAGGAGAUCAAGUAAUACGCAGUAAAAAGAACAGUCAAACUACUGUCAUUGGUCCUCCUGGGGAGCCAAUUUGGAAUCAGGAUUUUCACAUGCUGGUAGCUAACCCUAGAAAGCAGAAAUUAUAUAUACAAGUGAAAGAUUGCCUUGGAUUUGCAGAUUUGGUUGUUGGCACUGGAGAGGUCGAUCUGGCAUCUCUUCGGGACACUGUACCAACAGAUAGGAUUGUAAUGUUGCAAGGAGGUUGGGGACUGUUUAAAAAGAGUUAUUCUGGAGAAAUUAUGCUGCGAUUAACAUAUAAAGCAUAUGUUGAGGAUGAAGAAGAUGGCUGGAUUGAGACAGAAUCCAUAGAUACAGAUGCUUCGGAUAAUGAUUUGUCUGAUUCUGAUGAAGAUUCUGCUUAUAAGCAGCAUGAAAGGGAAACAAGAAGUGAAACAGAUAAAGAAUCAUUUAUGGAUGUUCUAGCAGCUUUGAUUGUAAGCGAGGAAUUCCAAGGGAUAGUGGCAUCUGAAACAGUGAAUGCCAAAGUUUCUGAUGGCACCACAAUUAGGCCUCCAACAUCAAAAGCACGGAUUAAUGCUAAAUCCAUAUCCUUAGACCCAGAUAGUGGUUCUGAAGGUGCUGGAGGAUCGGCUUUAUUUUUUCUUGCCGUUAUUACAAGUAUUUUGGUGCUCAUUGCUAUCAAUAUGGGUGGUUCAAGUUUUUUUAAUCCUUGAUGUGAAUUCAAGGGAUGAAGAACAAAUAGUCAACACUGCUUUGAUCA